GUCCCUUUUACAACGCUGGUGUUUCCUCAUCAGGUCUCUAGCCUUGCCAGGGAUUUGUGAUUAUGAGGUUCUUUGGGGUGCAAGUGGUGCUCUUCCUUUUAUUUGCCCAAGUUUGGCUCCAUCGUUGUCCAUUACACCUUCAAUGUAGUAAGAGACAUCUUUCCAUCUUUGUGGGGAAAGAUUUUAUUAGGAAUGGCAUGAAAUUGAAAUCUCAUCAAGUGAUUCUGGGCAAUGGCUGCGGGAUAACUUCUGAAGAAAGUGAUCAUUUUUACCUGCAUUAUUCAUUUUGGGACUGUGGGAUACAAGCAGAGAUCUCAGACAUCAUGGAAACCUUUAUGACUUUUAUAAAGUUUUCAUCCUUAGAUUAUUUUCAUGGUGGCGAUGUUCAGAUAUCUCUUGCAUGCUCGAUUUUCAGGGAAAUAGAAGAACCCUCUUUUCUAGCAACUCAUGUUGCCUCACCAUUGCUUAAAACGCAAUUUAAUAGAGCUCCAUUUGCUACAGCAUCUACCUCACAAGCUAGUUCCAGUGGAAAUGAAAAGACGUUUCCUUUCCCAGUAACAGAACCCUUCAUACACAGCAACUUUAUGGUUCCCUCCUUUCUCACCAAAUUCCCUUCUCUGACCGGGAUCUAUGGAAACAUCCCUUUAAAUGACAGCUCUGUUUACCCAAAAUGUUUUUGAAGGGUUCUCAUGGUUUGUUAUGUCAUGAGUCAAGAACUCUGCUUGUUCUCAAGAAGCUGUGCUGAUGCCUUACAUCACUCUGGGAAUUUCUUCCAGGAUUCCCCCCCUCUUUUCAACAAAGUUCUUUAAUAAACUGUAAGAAAAACAGACUUAUGUGCA